AUGGGUUCACAACUACCUCCAGAUCCAUAUAAAAUUCUCGGUGUUGAAAAGGAUGCGACGUUACCUCAAAUUCGAUUAGCACAUCGAAAACUUGUUCUCCAGUGUCAUCCGGACAAGGUUCAGGAUCCUAAAUUAAAGGCAAUAAAGGUUGAUGAGUUCCAAAAGGUCCAAGAAGCAUACGAAAUACUUAGUGAUGUAUCGAGAAGAUCAGAGUAUGACCAAACAGUCAAGCUACAGAAGUUGAAGGAGGAGUUGAACAAGACUUCGACUUCCGCUUCGACUUCGACCCCGACUCCGGCUUCGACUAGUAGUAAAGCUUAUGAAUACAAUGUUAGGACUGCAGAACCUAAAACAGCAGCUUACAGUUCGUCAUAUCCAAAGACCACGCAAAAGACACCGAAAGAGUCGAAUGUAUAUUCAAAACCGCCACCGAGAUCUUAUGAGGAUCUGUAUGAUGAACCUGCGAGACCAUCUGUCAGGAGGUCAAAAACGACAUCUAGAGAUUCGGAAAGAGAGGAGAGGGAUCGACGAAGGCAGCAGGAUGAAGAUGAUAGGGAGAAGUUAAGACGGAAGAUGGAGAAGGAAACAAAACGUGAUCAUGGGGAUCGAAAGAAGUCUCGCGAUAAAGAAAAGAGACGUGGCACAGAGGAUAAAGUACGUCCAGGAACAUAUGUAGAGGAUGAGUCCAGUGAGGAUGACUAUCGACGAAAAGCCGAACGAGCACGAAGGGAGGACGCAAUAAGAGCUGAAGCUGUUGCUCGGGCUCAAAAAGAACGAGAGGCUCGAGAUCGGGAACAGCGAGAAUGGGAGCACCGUGAAAGAGAACGAGAAUUACGCGACAGGGAAAGAGAGAGGGAAAGAGAGAGAGAGCGCGAGCGAGAACCUGCUGCUGUGAAAGACUCGCCGAUGGGAGAUAAAUGGAAAGAUCAUAUGGUAAAUGCGGCACGUUAUGUGCAAGCUUCACGUAGGGAGUCGGAUAUCAAACCAGAGGUGCCGCCAGCACCACCUGCAAUGCCUACGAUGCGUCGUGCAGAUACCUUUGCUGCGCCAUCAUCUGGACCAUACAAUAUCCGAUUUGAGAUGCGCCCUCCUGCCUACGAUAAUCAUAGUGAUGAUGAGAUACCCCGGAGGUCUUCAGCAGCACGGCCAUCACGGCGUCCCGUAGAGACUCCCUCGAAAAGCAAGGAUGCGCCAAAGCCAACUAGAAGACCAGCUAGGGAGUCACCGUUUGUCAAUACCGGGUCGACUUCACCUACAAAACCAACCCUUCACAAACAAUAUUCGGAACCACCGAUAGUUGGAGUUGCUUCGGGUAGACGAGAACCCAGUCGAUCGAAAACGGAUUAUCCUCGAGAACCACCUCCACCGCCUUUAUUUACCAGAGCAGCUACAUUUACACAAGGGAUGGGUACAAAGGAAGACCAUAGAGAUAGGGGUCGUGGACCAAGCCGAAUGGUUCAGGAACCAGAUUCGGACACUGAUUCCGGGUCUGAUUCGGAGUCUCCGUCACCCACACCACAAUAUUCUCAUAUUAGACAGCCUCGACGUGAAGCUCCGGAACCUACUGGUACCACCAAAACUUACGUCAUCAGUAACGGGCGAAGUGAACUCAAGAAUUCUUCGUAUCGAUCGGAUCCCCGCGAUGAUCCUUACAUAAAGCGAAAUCGAAGUCCGUCGCCCCGUCGAGCUACUCGUCCUCCUUUGACACGAAAUGCUGGAAGUUCUACUCGCCAAGUACGAUCGCAAUCACGAGGAUAUCACCCGACACCAGCGCCCGAGCCGGCUGAGCCCAUAGUUCUCAGUGCUCAACCACCCAGAUCUCGGGAUCCUUCUAGGGGUGCAAGUCGUGGUGUAUAUCCACCGCAAUACAAUAUAAACUUUGCUCCUCAAAUCACACCGGAUAACGUUCUUUACAGCGGAACUCCAUAUGUUAAUCAAAGAAACACCGAAUCGGGGCAUCAUCGCGAUUAUCCGCCGUAUCCCACAGCUCGUGGUCGGGAGUCGGUCUACUAA